UGCCACGCAGAGCAUCGCUGUGUGAGCAUGUCCCGGGUAGAAUUAUCGUUAUUAUAAGAUGAUCCUGCUGCUCGCUCUGCUUUCUGUUCUCUCUGGAGAACUGGGUCUGUGCCAGAAGGAGGAUGAAGGCUUCACCUUUGAUGGAGACAUCCGCCAAUUUGUCGUGACCCCCAACUUGCUUUACAUCGCCACAGAGGAGAGGCUGUACCAGCUGAGCCACGACUUGACUUUGAUCAACAGUCUGACCCAGAGAGGAAUCUUAAAGACUGGAAACCAGCAGGAUGAUGUGCAGUUUUACCGGGUUUCUGACACAGCUGAGUGGAACGCAACUUUCAGCAUCAAUGUGUUGUUGCCUUUCACAAAGAAUGACUCGCUGAUCAGCUGCGGUGUGACUGACGAUGACUGCGGCCACUGCGAGAUUCUGGACCUGAAGAACACCUCCAAGCUUCUGCACAGAGAACACAUCCAGGUGGGACCUCUGAAGCGCAGCAGCAGGUCAGUCAGCUUUCUGGUGGAUGUGAAGAAGAAAACUCAGGCUGACACUUACAUUCUGACCGCGAUCCAACAAAACACAGAAAAGCCCGAAAACAACAAGUGUGGUAUUAAUCGGCAGACUGUCAAUCUUCAGGAUGCAGAUGACAAACAGGGUGGAGGUAUAUUUUCUCUAACUGAUGGAGCUUCAGGCACACCUGGGAUCAAAAGUAAAGGUGAUGUGGAGUUUGUUGACGGGUUUCAGAUCAAUUCAACCAUCUAUCUGUUCUCCAACGCGCUCUCAGCUCAAACAAACAGAGUCCGUCUCAUUUGGCUUGAAGGCGAAAAGAGCAAAACUGAUACACUCAAGUCUCUGCGGGGCGCGACUCUCAGUGUCUCUGACAGUCAAAGCAGCAGACUCGUGGUCUCCUCGGUCAUCCCGGGGGAGCAGCCGGUGCUUUGGAGCGGCGUUUUCAGUGUGGAUGGAGGAGAUACCGACACCCAGCUAAUGGUGUUUGACAUCAGCCCUGAUUAUAGCAGGAACACUGACAGAGAUCCAGACUUCUACACCUCUGUGCCAUCAGAAGUGACGCCAAAGAUCCUGAAACCAAAGGCAGUCCUCUUCAGGCAAAGCUACAUGACCUCAGUGCUGGCAGUGAGGCAGAAUGCCUGGAUGGUUUUCUAUAUUUGGACAGAAGAUGGGCUGCUCAUUAAGCUGUCUGUGGACAGGAAGUAUCACGCUGCCUGUCCCACGGUGCUCUACAGGACCAGUGAUGACCACAAAGUGUUUUUCAAAUUGCAUCUGGAUCCAGUGGGUCAUAAACAUGUGUAUGUGCCAUUUACAAACCAGGUGAAGCGAGUUCCUGUGUCAAAGUGCAGCACGUACACAAAUGUGCAGGAGUGUUGGUCUGCACAGGAUCCAUACUGUGGUUGGUGUGGCUCUAAAAGCAGCUGCACAUUUGAAGAUGACUGCACAGAUUCAGACUGGCUGUCCAUUCCUGAUGAGUCCCAACACAAAAUGAUUUCCCACAAAGUUGAAAAGGACACAAACGGACAGAUCUCACUGAAAAUCCACACACACCUGACUUUGGGCCAGAAAGUAUCGUCUGACUUCACCUGCCAGUUCUCUGCAAUUUCUGGCCACCUUUGUAUUGGGAAUAACCCUCCACGGUUCCCCCAGUGCACCUGCUACCUGUCUGAUCACACACUUCCUCCUGAUGGCCUGCAUGUCACAGUAAAGUUUAGGCUUGGAAAAAUACUCCUGUCAGAACAAAUGAAAUUAACCAACUGCUCUGACAUCCAUGGACCUCCAACUUCUAUCUUGUGUCAGCAGUGUAUCAAGGCUGGUUGUGGUUGGAGCAGAAACAGCUGUUCCUGGGCUAACCAAGGAGAGACUGAUGAAAGUGUUUGCCAAACGUUGGAGUCUGGGAAGAACUUUUCUAUCCCAGAGAUCUUCUCCAUCACUCCCAAUGUGGUGUCGUUGUAUGGCACAAACCAUGCUGUGUUAUUAGGUCAUAACCUUGGUGACGUGUCAGGAGUGAGGAUCCAGACGCACACUGACUGUGCUCCAAAAGAGUCUCCUGUUUGGGACAACUCUGGUGUCAGUGUGAUGUUCCACAUUCCCAGCACAGAUAUCAAAGGUGUGGUCAAUGUAUGUGUUCUCCUCCCAGAUGGUAGUUGCCACGGCAAAGCUAACAUCACAUACUUGUCAUCACCAUCCUGUACAAACGCUACUCCAAGCAGCAGCUGGAUAAGUGGGAACAGGAAGAUCACAGUCAGGGGGUCCCACCUGAAGUUUGUUGAAGGCAUUGUACACAGCCAUGCCAUGCAGGAAGUUGCACUUCCCAAAAACAGCAGCUACCAGAGUCUCACCUAUGACUCACCUUCAGCUGAAAACAGUCCUGGGAUUUCUAGCAGCACUGUGUUUUUGAAAGUAGCUAAUCAAACCUUGGCCUGCUCCACAAACAUGUCCUACUAUCCAGACCCUGAGUUUAUCAGCUUCACAGCCACAAGGACAGGAAACAGUGUUCACAUCACUAUACGGGUAAUGCAUGUUUAAAUCGCACAUUCACAAACAUGUGACAUCAGCUCGUAGAACAUCAGUCUUUGCUUGUGUUGUUGUUAUAGAAAAAGGCAGAUAAACUGGAAAUGACAACAGCAGAGUUAUCAGUGUGGGGCAUUCAAGACAGUAAGGAAUACCGCUGCGCCAUGGAAACAAACAAAACCAGUGAUGAGACUCACUCUUUCACUUGUGAGGUUAAAAACCCACCCGGCGUUGAAUUUCAGCUGUUGUUGGUAAAUCUUUCUUUCAUACUAACACAAGGCACUGUUUAUGGACAGACAAACAUACCUAUCCGGUCUUUAAGUCUGACAUCAAUAGCCAUUUCUGGGUCCAAACUCCACUUCAGGUCCCAAAGUCAAACAAACACUGCGGCAUCACUGAGAGUUAAAAACUGUCUAAAUUCUUUCAUUGUUCAGAUUAAGAAGAUACAAAGCAUUAAAACACUUUAAAAACACAACAGCCUUAAUUAACAUGGAGAGGUUUGGACCAGGAAGCAGGGUUCAUACGUCAUCAAUUAAAGACUGGAUCAUUGUGAUAAGAGCUCCACGGUGCAGUACUCUACUAAUGGUUUAGGCACUGAAAUGAUAUCUUUCAGAUAUAAUAUCAAGUGAUUAGGUUCAAAGACAAAUAGUGCUAUAAAUAUUCUUAUUCACUGAGCUUCACGCGGAGCACAAUCAAUCAGAAUGGAUGCAUGAUGUAACUGCUCUUUGCUUUUAACACAACGUCAACUAUCCUUGUACAACAUUAUUUACAGCCUGUUUGACAUUAUGAUUUUUACUGUAUGAAUAAUAUUUUGAAAAUCUCUGACCUGCUGCUCUAUUGAGACUUUCCUUAAUGUUUUCUAGAUAAAGUAUGGUAGCAGGACCGUAAGCCUCAGUAAGCCUCGGCCUUCAUCACACCUUCUAUUGCUGCUUUUGCUGUUGAUACCCUGUGUU